AUGGACGAUAAUGAGGGGAAAUUGGCAGCCACAGUAGACCCUGCGACUCUAGCAGAAAAAAGUGAAAAGAGCGUUGUCACCACAAAGUUGCGUGACUUGCGCGAAAUAGAGAGGGAAGAAAAUGAAAAGAUUCGAAAACUUCUUUAUACAACCCCUCUUGAUGAUGAUGAUAUUGCUGUGGAAGAAGAAAUGAACACACAAGACACUGUUCGCCUUUCAAGAGAAGCACGACAAGAGUUUAAUAAGGCCACAAUGCGUCCUAUAAAGGAAAAAAUGUUAGAGCUUCGCGGUUUUAUGAGAUUAUUAGAUCAACCUCAGCACAAACGUGUUGUAGCCAUAUUUUUUUUUACAACCAUUGCAAUGUUUACAAUUCCUAUACUUGUUCUGCUAAUUGGUAUGCAUGUAAUAGCCCCUCUUCUUGAGGUGGAUGCGGGUGUGUGUGGCGGCUUUAUGGCGCUUGGAUCGACUGUUAUUAUUAUGGGAUCAUAUGUUACUUAUGCCUUAUUGGAACCUUUCUCAGAUACAGUGGAAAAAGAAGACUAUGAGAAAGAAAAAAAGAACAAGUAA